AAUAACUAGAGCUUCUAAAAAGAUUAGGCACACGAGUUUCUUUAGCCUUUAUAAUGCACAUCUUAUUUAAAAUUCAAUUUUUCAAACCAAAUGGAAGAUUCUUUUCCGGCAAUGCUGUUCGAAUGAAGCAGAAUACUUGCAAAACCCGGGAAAACACCAAAACAAUUGUACGCGCCUACGCGGCACUUUGCUGCCCCCCACACGUUCUCAUCCUCGUCUACUGUUAAUUUUGUGAGCAAGGAAUAAAAGGGAUGGCAAAGUAUGAUGAUUUAUUAAUAGACAGCAAAAAGACGAUUAACAAGUGGGAACAUGAAUUUCAGAAAACAAACGGGCGGAAACCAUCUAAGGACGAUUUCAAAGUUGCCCCGUGCGAAGUUACAGAUGCGUACAAGCUUUAUUACAAAAUCAAAAAGAAACAAGAACUAGUCAAGAAUGGUGAAGUAUCUCCAGAGUCGUUACCUAAUAACACAAUCCAGGUGCAAAAUAAUGAGGAUGGCCCCAUCCAAGAAGUGUCUAUUAAGGAACCUAUAAAAGAUAAUGGGUCUUCUGUAUGGGGAGAACAUUUAAACAAACAAAAACCUUCUCAGGAAUUAACCAAGUCAAAAGAAAUUUCCACCCCGACCACCUCCUCCUGCAACACUUAUUCAAAGUUGACAGAGAAGCUGAUGAAAGGUGCUAAGAUUAACAUCAGAACUAGCCUUACCCGUAAAUUGGGCAAGAAAUCCAUGAGCUCUCCUGUAAUUAAAUUGAAUGAUAGCCUGCUCAAUAGCAGCCAGUUGAGUGAAGUAUGUGAAAGUGAAUUUAAAAACAGUUUGUUGGUGAACAAUGAAGAUGAAGAUCCUUUUCCUGGUGAAGAUCCUUUUCCUGGAACUUCCAAAGCCAAAAAGGAAGAGGAUCCAGAGUUAAUUCCAGGUUUCAAACCAAAGAUCGUGCAACAUCAAGCCACACAGAAGCAACCAUUCAGCUUGAGCAUGGCACGCCAACGAAUCGCUACCAGACAGGUGGAUCUCCAAUGGUUAGACGGCUGCUUAGUAGAAGAUGGGUGCAGUGUACCAAGUAAACCCGAGGUAUUCGACGACCAAGACGUGAUUUAUUCUACAGAUGAUGAAGCACCUAAACCACCAAAAAUCACUACCUCCGCCCCUCAAACUAAAUUAGACCCAGUAACUUCUCCACCUGUAGCACAAAAACGCAAAUAUUCUGAAGAUCAAGUUCCCGAAUGCAGCCAAAAGAAACCCAAAAUUGAUGAAUCCCUUAUCCUCCAAGAAAACGGAUUUGGCCAUGAAAAUUGCCCAAGCGCUAGUGAAGAUAAUAGCGCAGAUAAACCUUUGAAAUACGCCAAAGAAAACUCCUCGACGGCUGCAAAGCGCGAAAGAUUAGAGAAUAAAAUGGCUUCAGGUACAGCAAAUCAAAAUUUCGUGAAAAUUAACCUGAAGAAGAAAGUGUUUGCCCGUGGAAAGAAAACGCUCACGGGGGGAUCGUACAAGAGGCAACAAUGGAAACAAAGACAAAACGGUGGGGUCGGUGGUGGUGGUGGUAAAGGCAAUUACAAGUUCAAGAUGGUUACAUCUUGUCGCCGUUGCGGUGAGAUCGGACAUUGGGCCAAAAACUGUAUGAGCGAGAAGCUAUUGUCCAUGGAAGAGCUGAAAGAACAAGGUGACGAGGAAGACCUCAGCUUCCCCACUCUCGAAGAGGCUAUGGACAAAGCGGAUGAAGUAACAAGCAAACAGAAGAAGAAAAAAGAAGUAGUGGAAACUGAUGAGCGCGGCGAAGACGACCUGCAACUAGUAGAGCUUCCUAAAGUGAAACAAGUUGAGCCAUUUUGCACUCCCGGAGAACCUGUCCCGCCUAUUGUCAUGCAAUUGCUCAAGAAAUUCGGCCACAGUAGUUUCCGAGUAGGUCAAGAAGAAGCCGUUAUGCGGAUUCUUUCGGGCAACUCCACGUUGGUUGUUCAAAGUACUGGGUCCGGUAAAAGUUUGUGCUAUCAACUACCUGCCAUGGUAUACGCUCAGCGUUCGAGCUGUAUCACCAUCGUUGUCUCGCCACUCGUUUCCUUAAUGGAGGAUCAAGUCGUAAACCUGCCCUCCUUCGUGAAAGGUGUCUGUCUUCAUUCUGGCCAAUCCGAAGGCGUCAGACAAAAGACUCUUCAACUGUUGCAAUCGGGUGCUGUUCAAAUCCUCCUCGUGUCAGCCGAAUCUGUGAUUUCAACUGGCCCUUACGGAUUGGUAACGCUUUUACGCACAUGCCUACCACCUGUCGCUUUUGUUUGCAUUGACGAAGCUCAUUGUGUUUCGCAAUGGUCUCACAAUUUUCGCCCGUCUUACCUUCGUAUUUGCAAGGUUCUCAAAGAGAAAAUGAAUAUCAAAACCAUUCUGGGAUUGACGGCUACUGCUCCUAAAUCUACUCUGAGAAGCAUUGCUGACAAUUUAGGUGUUGAUUAUGAAUCAGGAGUCAUCCAAGGUGUAUUACUGCCCAGCAAUCUCUAUUUGACCGUCUCGCGUGACAAGGAUCGCGAUGCAGCCUUGAUCCAACUACUGGAAGGCAAGCGGUUCGCUGAUUUUAAUGCCAUCAUCAUUUAUUGCAUCAGACGCGAAGAAUGCGAACGGUUAGCCACUCUACUGCGAACUUAUUUGAAAGAUCCUCUCAAGGAUUUAGAGAGUAAAGGUGCCGGACGGCGUCGAGGCAUUUCGUGGAGCGCCGAAGCGUAUCACGCUGGACUGACAGCAGCUCGCCGAACUUCUGUUCAGAAACAAUUCAUGUCUGGCAAGAUGAAAAUUGUCGUAGCCACCGUGGCAUUUGGAAUGGGUAUCAACAAGUCGGACAUCAGAGCCAUCAUCCACUAUAACGCUCCGAAGAAUUUUGAAAAUUAUGUCCAGGAAAUCGGUCGUGCUGGACGAGAUGGUCUGCCGGCCCAUUGUCACGUCUUUCUCAACUCAGAGGGGAGGGAUUUACAAGAGUUGAGGCGAUUCAUUUAUGCAAAUUCCACGGAUCGACACGUUCUAAGGAAACUGAUGAGAAAGAUUUUACCAGAGCCCUGUCAAUGCCGUGGAGAAGACGGUACAGGUGAAUGCAAAGGUCACGAAGUGGCCAUGGUUAUUGAAUCGACUGUCCAAGAGCUGGAUAUGCCGGAAGAGAACAUUGCUACGCUGCUCUGCCAAUUGGAAUCGCAUCCGUCUCGUUGGGUCCUUGAAGUGGGAACUAAAGUUUAUGCGACGUGCACUGUUCGAUGCUACGGCGGUCUCCAGCAGCUUAAAAUGGCUGCAAGAGAAAGCCCGGCUCUAGGAGCAGCGCUUGCACUUCAAAAGGCGGACACUACAGCUGUCAGGAAGUUCGCUGUCGUUGAUGUAGCCCGCAAAAUAGGUUGGGACAGCGGUGCUGUCAAACGCCAACUUAAAUCGCUUGAAUGGGAUCGCUCUGCGGUAGCCAUUGGAGGUAAACCAAGACGAUCAGGUAUUUUAGUGGAAUUUUCAGAUCUUGCGUUCCAUCUCCACGUCCGGGGAGACCUUUCCGAGACAGAACAAGAUGCCGCGUUAGAGUUCAUCCACCAGCGCUGUCUGAACCGUGAGGCCAAUGAAAUUCAACAGCUGCAGCGUAUUCAUCAAGCUUUGUUGAGCAUUUCUCAUGCUCAGUCGUCUUCGUGCUGUGAGGAAGUUGAUGAGACCAGGAGCGAAAAAUUGCGUAGUUUUAUCCAAGACUACUUUGAAGAAGAAGCUGGGACCUCUCAACCUGUUGAAGAAGUCGUUCACUGUCCGGAAAACCAAGAGCAACAUAUACGGGCUACCAUUCGCAGUUUGAUCCUAAAUUAUCGCGAUCAGACGUUCACUGCACGAUCUAUCGCUAGAAUCCUACACGGCAUCUCCAGUCCUUGUUAUCCGGCAGAGUUUUGGGGUAAAGCUCGUCAGCACUGGAGAGCCCAGCUUCAUCAAGAUUUUAAUCUUCUCGUCCGGAUGGCUGCACAAGAAUUGCUAGCUCUAAAAUAAUUUCUUUUAGACGUAAUUUUUAGCUAAAUUACUUGUUUUUUUUUCUCCUGUAUUGAUACAUUUUCGAAAUAACAUGAAAUAUUUAACUUCUUA